UUACAGGAUAUAAUUGAUUUAAUCAAAGAGUGAUGUCAUCGAAUGGGCCUUACAAUUAUUCAUAUAUCUUCAAGUACAUUAUCAUCGGUGAUAUGGGUGUUGGCAAAUCAUGUUUAUUACAUCAAUUCACCGAAAAGAAGUUUAUGGCCGAUUGUCCUCAUACAAUAGGCGUCGAAUUUGGAACACGUAUUAUCGAAGUAAGUGGACAAAAAAUCAAACUGCAGAUCUGGGAUACAGCUGGUCAGGAAAGAUUUCGAGCAGUGACUCGUUCAUAUUACCGAGGUGCUGCUGGUGCUUUGAUGGUUUAUGAUAUCACACGGCGUUCAACCUACAAUCAUUUGAGCAGUUGGCUAACAGAUGCCAGGAACCUUACGCAUCCAAAUACGGUCAUAUUUAUGAUCGGUAAUAAAAGUGAUUUGGAUGGACAAAGGGAUGUUACAUUUGAGGAAGCAAAAGCUUUUGCUGAUGAACAUGGUUUAACUUUUUUAGAAUGCUCGGCCAAAACUGGUGACAAUGUGGAAGAUGCUUUCUUGGAUACAGCAAGAAAAAUAUAUCAGAAUAUUAAAGAUGGCAGUCUUGACUUGAAUCAAGCUGACACAGGUGUCCAGCCAAAACAAACUUUGCCGCGUUCUGCACAAUCAGCGGGACAAGAAGGGAAGAAUUGUAAUUGUUAGCAGAAAUGUAAAUUUUUACUUCCAGUUAUUUUCUUCCUCGAGCUGGCUUUUUCCUGGAUCAUCAAUAAUAUAAUCAUAUUAAAUCAGAAUUCCAUUUUUUUCCGCUUUAGAAUUAUUCACAAACAAGCAAUAGAUAGCUGGUCUUUUUGACAAAUUGCUCGAGAUGAAAUUAGGUAAAGUUGAGAAUUGUUAUAUAAGUUUGUAUCUUGAAGAAGA